UCGUCCUGCUCCUCGGUCGCCGCUGGGGCGGCCCCAGGGGCCGGCAGCCUCGUCCCCGAUUACUGGAUCGACGGCUCCAACCGGGACGCGCUGAGCGAUUUCUUCGAGGUGGAGUCGGAGCUGGGACGGGGUGCUACAUCCAUUGUGUACAGAUGCAAACAGAAGGGGACACAGAAGCCUUAUGCUCUCAAAGUGCUAAAGAAAACAGUGGACAAAAAAAUCGUCAGGACUGAGAUAGGAGUUCUUCUUCGCCUUUCACAUCCAAACAUUAUAAAACUUAAAGAGAUAUUUGAAACCCCUACUGAAAUCAGUCUGGUUCUCGAGCUCGUCACAGGAGGAGAACUGUUUGACAGGAUUGUGGAAAAGGGAUACUACAGUGAACGAGAUGCCGCAGAUGCUGUUAAACAAAUCCUGGAGGCAGUUGCUUACCUACAUGAAAAUGGGAUUGUCCAUCGUGAUCUGAAGCCAGAGAAUCUUCUCUAUGCAACGCCAGCCCCGGAUGCACCACUCAAAAUCGCUGAUUUUGGACUCUCUAAAAUUGUGGAACAUCAAGUGCUCAUGAAGACAGUAUGUGGAACCCCAGGGUACUGCGCUCCCGAAAUUCUCAGAGGCUGUGCCUACGGACCCGAGGUGGACAUGUGGUCUGUAGGAAUAAUCACCUACAUCUUACUUUGUGGAUUUGAACCAUUUUAUGAUGAAAGAGGCGAUCAGUUCAUGUUCAGGAGAAUUCUGAAUUGUGAAUAUUACUUUAUCUCCCCCUGGUGGGAUGAAGUAUCUCUAAAUGCCAAGGACUUGGUCAGAAAAUUAAUUGUUUUGGAUCCUAAGAAACGACUGACUACUUUUCAAGCUCUCCAACACCCAUGGGUCACAGGAAAAGCAGCCAAUUUUGUGCACAUGGAUACCGCACAAAAGAAGCUCCAGGAAUUCAAUGCCCGGCGCAAGCUUAAGGCAGCAGUGAAGGCGGUGGUGGCCUCUUCCCGGUUGGGAAGUGCCAGCAGUCACAGCAGCAUCCAGGAGAGCCACAAGGCCAGCCAAGAUUCCUCCCCAGUCCCAGAAGGCGACAAAGACAUCCAAGUUUCCCCGGAGGGAGAGAGAGGUCCAGGGGCAUUGGAGGGGGCAGAGGCUGAGCUGAUAAAGGAACGGGCUUUAGGGGAAGGUCCGGCUGUAGACAUAAGUGCUUUGGAAACCCCCCAAACAGCACCAGAAACCCUGGAAGAUGGGCUACAGGUGGCUGAGUCAGAAGAAGGAGGAGGCCUGAUAGAGGAAAAGCUUAAGAGCCUGGAGGAAGCGGCAGUCCCCACAGAAGCACCAGACAGCUCUGUGGGACUCGACAUUCAGAAGUUUGACUUGAACCUGCCAGAGUUUUAGGUUGGCUUCUUAAUACCUGGAAGCCAAACCCUGGUAUUUCAUGCACUUUCCUUCAGCAAGGAAGAUGUGGAAGCAUGAUAAUAACUAUAGUGAUUCUGUUCUUGAGGUGCAAAAAACUACCUAUAUACCAGUUGGUAAUCCUAGCUUCAAUGCAUGUGACUGCUUUAUGAACAUAAUAGUGUUUUUUUGCGGCAUGUAAUGGAUAACUAAGACUGAGGAGUUAAAUUUGAAGUGCAAGUAACCACAACAUCACAUUUACACACACAGACGUUUCACCAGAGACCUGGGGCACACAUAUGACAUCAAUAAUAACCGAGUGGGUUUUUUUUUUCUUUGAAAACUAAGCCAUCCUGUAUCCCGAUUUCAUCACAAGGCAGUCAUUUCUUUGGACUAGAGCUAAGCUAAGACCAAGUAGUCCCUCAAGGUGUGUUCUCAUGCCAGCCACACUUGACUUUUUAUCAUCAUCACAUUCAAACUGUUUACAAGGAGACGGUUGUAGGUGGUAGUUGUACGGUACAGCAAAAACACAUUCCACUCAUAAUGGUGAGAAACUGAAGCAUAUUUUCAAGGGUCAUGAAACCAUAUAGCUCUAAAAAUUAUGUAAACAAGUUUAUCAUUGUUUAUAUGUGUCAUAUUAAUAACAAAAAAAAGUUCAUUCAUAAAAUGCUGCCAUUUUUCCAUAUUGGAGGAAAUCCAAGGGGGCUUCAAAAUGUUUGCGAAAAAAAGAAUCAUUAUCUUUUCAUUCCAUUCACUCAUGAACUUUCUGAAGCCCCUCAUCUACACACACUCCUGUUGAGGAAUACAUUAUCCUCUCACCUGCUCUCCCAGAGGGGUGCUUCUGAUGGAAACAAGCAAACCCUUGAAAGGGACUUAGAGUAAUGGAGAACAUUUGACUUCUUGUUCUCUUUGUGAUAAAAUUGUGUUUACUCAUUACGUUUGGACAGCUUGACCAACAGAGACUUUUUCAUGGAUAAGUUCUGUAAGGACCAAGUUCCGAGUGUUCAAAAGAUCUAUUCCAACAGCUGGUGCCAAAAUAUCUGAAAAUGGUAGGAAUGACCUCCCAUUACAUGAUCAUUACUGACUGUGCCAGAGUGAGAGAACCUUUUUGCUUCAAAAAGUUCUCUUUUCUUUCAUGGUUAUCUAGAUAAACUAUGCAUGAACUAAAGACAUUUAUCUGCCAUAUCUUCUUUUUCAUACUUUGAAUAGAUGUGUCCAGAUUUUACAACAUACUUUUGAAAGUUUCCACUUUAAACAGUUUAGAACCAUGCCAUUCAUAUUUUACCCUUGAAAAACUCAUAAAAAUAAACCACCAUGAGAACUAAGAAUUCAAAUCAGACUCCUAAGAAGCUGGAAAUGUUUGUGAUUUCUUUUUAGGAUAAAUCUCGCUUAUCUUUGAUUUAGAUAAAAUAUCAACACUUUCCCCAUACCAAGGUCAAACUAAUUCCAGAUUUAUUUUUGGCUUUGAGUUUAAAUUGACAAGUCACUCUUGAUGAAGUUCCUUAAUUUACCAAAAGCAAUGAUUAUGUUUGAAGGCCGAAAUAAUAGACAGUGAAAAUGACUCUCACACAAAAAUCCUCAUUUUUUAAAAAAAAAGACCUUUGGAUGUUUUGGAUUUUCUUCCAAACUAUUAUAUGGGGAAAUGAAAUUCAGUCUCUUGUUCCUGAAGAUUCUUAGAACUCAGUAGUUAUCUUGCCUCCCAAGCACAAACCUUCCUUUCCUGCCUUCCUUUUGGGAAGAAAACCCAGUACAGCUUCCUGUCUACCACAUAAGGGGCCUGCCUUGUCCUUGACACAGAGGACCAGAGUCCGGGAGAGGCCCCUCCUUUGAGUUUCCGAGUAAGCUCAUUCUUGUUUUUUCUUUUCUUAAGUAGUAAAAGUGCUCUUCUCUCUUGCUUUCCUUCCUUUAAUUAUUCCCUGUCCGAAUUCUCGUUUUUGCUAUUAAAAUAAAUAAAUAAAAGGGCUCACUAUGUUUAACCUUUAAAAUGAUUUCUUCCCUGAGCUUUCCUAAAAGCUCUUGGCUCUUUAAAAUCCAGGGGGAAAGCUGCCAUCUGCAAAGCCUGUUCCUAGUGCACUUUCCCCAGGUAUGCUGGCAGAGAUAAAGCAGCACCUGCCAAACUGAACUUCUGUCAGGUGCAAAUCUCUCAGAGAAGGGAAGUGCACACAUUUUCCAGAAGUAGAGCACCAUAGGAGGCUUGUUAGACAGUGUCCAGCACUUGGGUGUUGAGAAAACACUGUGUGGGGCCUUUC